GCAGAAGGAGCUGCUGUAUCUCUCUUUCACUGAAGGAGCUAUUUAUAGUCCAUCUUUGGAACAUUGUAGUUUCACCACGGCACCACCCGCGUUACUAACAUCCGCCACCGUCGCAUCAUAAUCACGGCGCCGAGUGAAGUGCAGUCGGAUUCUCUUAACACCACGGUUGUCUUUUCCCUAAGUCCUCAUGAAUUCUCCUUCACAUCUUUCCUUGACCUCAUGACGUUUUCCAUGGAGGUCAAGGAAAAGUGGACAGGAAAAGACAUUAUUUUUGGACUUUUCGACCGCAGCCAAAGACUCAUGUCUGACAUGAGGAGUAGACUUGAUUUUUCAGUAAUGUCUGGUGUGAAUUUCAAUUAGGAUAAAUAUGUCAGCCUUUCCCAUGACUUAACGCAUGUUGGUUGUUGCAGUGUGUCCCUGAGCUGUGCCUCACAUCCUCUGAUUCUGAUGAUGACUAUUACGAACCACCUACGAGGCAAACAGACUUCUGCACUGUUGCCUUCCGCUUCAACAAGGUGUACGGCAGCCCAAUGCCCGUCCCCCUGCACGCCGAUGAAUCGGCGCCUGUUGUCAGAAAAGCCAGGAGACAGCGAGGCAAAGGAGGAGCAGCAGGAAAUUGAGGUGUCUGAUGAAGGUUUUUCUGACAAAGAGGACUCCGACUACAUGCAUUUCAGUGAAGCCUGUCUCCGACAAAGUGGACAGGGCGAAAGUCAAUCUGACUUCACCUCUUCACCUCCCCCCCACCACUCCACUCCAGUCCAAAUGGACUCAGUAUACUUUGACAGUGGUUCUGAUGGAGAGGACUACAGCAAAUUUAAUUUCAGAUUAGUCUGUCUCUGACAAAGUGGACGGGACGAAAGUCAAUCUGACUCCGCCCCUACACCCCCCCCCCCACCACGCCGCUCCAGUCCAAAUGGACUCAGAAUACUUUGACAGUGCUUCUGACGGGGAGGACUUCAGCAACAAGCAUUUCAGUGAAGCCUCUCUCCAACAAAAUGGAAGGGACGAAAGUCAACGUGACUCCACCCCUUCACCUCCCCCCCACGCCGCUCCAGUCCAAAAGGACUCUGAAUAUUUUGACAGUGCUUCUGAUGGGGAGGACUUCAGCAACAAGCAUUUCAGUGAAGCCUCUUUCCAACUAAAUGGAAGGGACGAAAGUCAAUGUGACUCGGCCCCUUCACCUCCCCCCCACGCCUCUCCAGUCCAAAUGGACCCAGUGGAAGAGUGCCCGAGCAAUGACCUGCUCGAGGCCACCUGGUCCCUGAUGUCCAUCCAGCUCCAGCUGGUCGAGCUGGCCAAAGACUUUGGCAACAUGCUGCAGAACGGUCUGGUCAGGCCCAACUACUUUGUGGAGCUGGAGAGACAACUGGUGGAGAUUCUCCAGGAGACCGGCAAAGCAUGCAGUCCCACUGUUGAGGACGUCUCCAGUGAGGAGGACAGGGAACCCAAUAGUCAAGGCAGAUGGCCACCCACCCAGAGCCCGGUUCUGCUCAAGGUUUCUACCCGUUAAAGGGGAGUUUUUCCUUGCCACAGCGCAUAACCACAACUAUGCAAUGCUCAUGGGGGAUUUCUUACAUAUAUAUAUAUAUAUAUAUGUGAUAUUUAUAUGCUGUAUAUAUAUAAGUGAUACAUAUACGUAUAUAUUUAUAUAUAUACGUAUAUAUAUAUAUAUAUAUACCAAUACACACCCAUUAUAAAAUCUGAAACGAUCUGAAAAUUUCACCUAAUGUGAACUGUGAUAAAUCAAAAACUGUAAAAGUUAUCAAAAAGCGGAAUCAUAGCUUAAGAGUUCAAAGACUUGUAUCCCGUUUAAAGUUUAAAUGAAGUCCGUAGCUGAAAGUAUGCGAAAGCAGUAGCAUUUCAAAGUGGAGUAGGUUAAAGAGGAUUUGAAUAUUUUCUCCAUUGAGUUACAUUGUAAAAAAAAAUUGGGAAAAAGCUGAAUAUUUUAAAAAGUAUAAAUAGCUGAAACGCGUGAGACGCGCGUCUCAUGCGGGCAGUGUGUCCACUCUAACCUGUUAACAUGGACGCCGAAAUGAAAAACAACACGCCACGCGAGAGGCAGUGUGUCCACCACUUAAGGUGCCGGUGGUCUCAAGGUGGUCCCCAGCCCUCCUCUGCUCCACGAUGACCCUCUGACCGCUCAGUGGAAGACUACCAGCGGGUCAACCAUGAAGUGGUUGAUGACAUGCUGAGGUUCAGAAGCAGAAGCUCCGAGAGAGGCUGGAUCGUCCCACGUUGACGUCCUUAGUCAGUGAAGACGGGCUGGUUCAGGUGGAGGCGUCAUACAGGGUUAGAGUCCAUCCUCCCCUUUAUGAUGUUGACACUUUGGGAGAACCAAAGCCGAGGACGCCACCAACAAAACGAGCUAUGAAAUGAAUAUAAUCAUAACAGUUACUGUUACGUGUCGUAGUAUGUUUUUGUGCCCUCUCCUGUGUCUCCUCAGGUGCCAUCCUCCCCCCCCGUGCAGCUGCAAUCAAUGGCUGUACACGGCUGCACCAAAUCAGUCAUCAGGGCCGGGAGGAUAAGAGAACGGGUGAGAGGAGUGGAAGUUGCCAGCAGGCCAAACGGCAGUAUCGAGCGGUUCAUACUGUGUGUUUUGUGGUUGAUUUCAGAGGUUGGCGUGUGUGUCAGAGUCGGCAGUGUUCUCCCCUUUCCUAGUGAAUCCAGUGUUUACUGUUGCGGUGUGGAGCUGUAGUGCUUUUAGUUGCACUUUCCGUUACAGAAAGUAGAUUUAAGUUGGUGUUUGUACACUUUUCAUUUUUGUUAAUAAAUUGUAUAAUUAUUGUUUACACCUCAUCCGUUGCCCGUCUCUCUCUGCCUGGGUACAUUUUAUUGUUACUCCCUCCAUCCCCUGGACCCUAAACAGGGGGAAUGUAACAAUUACAUAAGACGAAAUCUGUAAAUAAUAUUGUGAUUGAGUUAUCUUGAUAAAAA